GCACCUGAGAAAUGAACACUACACAUCGGAGCAUUGUUGCUGCGAGCGCGUCGCCAGAGACCGACGCAACGCUGGCUCUGCAACAAGGCCCAGAAUCCUCGACGAGCUUGGACCAAGCGCUUCCGCGCUCUGAAUCGGCAAUUCUGCAGCAGCGCGGCGUACUUCACGAACAGUCACGGCUUUGGGUCUGGUGCUUCGAGAAUCCUCGACGAGCUUGGACCAAGCGCUUCCGCGCUCUGAAUCGGGAUGACGACCCAUUCAGCUUCGACGCUCCCGCAAUUCUGCAGCAGCACGGCGUACUUCACGAACAGUCACGGCUUUGGGUCUGGUGCUUCGAGAAUCCUCGACGAGCUUUCAUCAAGCGCUUCCGCGCUCUGAAUCGGCUCUAUAUGCUGGGCGAAGUGGGGAAUGUGAUCGGGUGCCUGCCAUAGAUUUUGAUGCGUAGCGCAGGCCUACCCAUCGCGGACGCAGAGAGAGGUG